ACCAAAAUCAGUAGGCACAUUCCACGUAUCCGCACCACCAGUUCUGUUGGGUGUUACAUGUGUACAUUUAAUAACCCACUGGCGAGAAACGAAGACGAUGGCGACGACGGCGAGUGUGGCUGCGGUAGCAGAAAUGAUCGAAGCCGGAGCGUUCGGACCGGACGGCCGUUUCGUUUCGUUCGCACUCGACGAACAGAACGCCGAAAAUGCUCAUUUCGCAUCGAUGAUACUGUAUGGGACCGUCAUGAUUGUAGACCGUGAUGGCCGCCGCCAAAACCAUCAGCUCGUGUUCAAGUUCAAGCACUCGUCUCCCGAUUUGCGGGCGUUUUUCAAGAACGACCUACAGUUCUACAACGAGAAAUUAUUCUAUGAACGGAUCGCACCCUUUCUGUUGAUGUGCUACCCGCCAAAUGACGACGACACGCAUGCAACAACGCCAGCGAUUUGUCGUUACUUUUACGGGCGUAACGAUUGUGGUGAACUAUGGCACCGGGACGUGGUAGUCUUGGGAAACGAGACCGUUCACGGAUACCAGUCGGCAGUCACAAACCAUCGGUUGUGUUUGGAUUUCGAUCACCUGGUCGUGGCGAUCAGAGUUCUAGCAAAAUUUCAUAGUUUGUCGUACAGAGCCAAAAAUGUAGAUCGUGACAAGUUUACAGAUCUGAUGGCAAAGGUGAAGGAUACGCAGUGGGACGACGAAGGCCGUUGGUUUAUAGGAAGACUCGAAGGAUUAAUUUCUGUUGCUCUAGACAAACUAACGGUACGUCGCGGCGACGACCAGCGUGCGCACCGGUUUCAGACGGAACUGUUGGCCGACGCAUCAGACACGUUGAGACGUGUUAUGGAACCUGUCGAACCUCUGUCCGUCCUGUGUCACGGCGAUUUCAACCGAAACAACCUGAUGUUUAAGUACGACGACGAUGGCCGGCCGGUGGACGCGCUGGCGUACGACAUGGCCACCGUACGGUAUGGGUCGCCGGCGAUCGACUUGUCCUUUUUCUUGUACAUGAACACGGACCGUCAGACUCGGGACGAUCACUGGGACGCACUGUUGGACGCGUAUUGCGAGACGUUGGCCGCCGCCGCCGGUGACGUCCCUGUUCCGGACCGCGGCCAACUGGAUGUCGAAAUGCGCGAGCACGCGUUCUACGGGUUGGCGCACACGUCGUUCUUUCUGCGGAUGUUGUUGGAGGAACAGAAACCGAUCGAACCGUUGAAGAUCAUCGGAAUGAACGACGAUGAAGUGUUGGAAUUUCUGUUAUCGUAUGGUGGUGAACGGGCUACCGAUUGGGUGGCUGACAUCGUCCAACACUAUUUGAACACGACGUACUCCGAAAUGUCACCCUGAUGUGCAUAUUAUUUAUUAACAUGCUUACGACUCGUUUUUAAAAAAUAAUUCUGUACUUUUCUAAGUUAUAUCUACGUCUUUGCUAAAUAUUUGUCUAAUAAAAAUGUUGUGAAAUUCUUGCACCAUAGUAAUAAUAA